CGGCUACCUUGAAUUUGGCAUCCAGACUUUGGCUGUUUUGUCUCUGGACGCGGAAACAAAAGCUCCAUCUGGAAACCCCGCCGUAACGAGACCUCUGACAUCCAUCUCAUGGCCCGGAAUAGAGCAACUCAGUCGAAAAUAGCAUCUUCGGCUCUGUCCUCUGACAAGUGACAAUAAUCAUGGCGACCAGGAGAUUAACGGUGUUCAUAUUCGGAGGCUUCGUAACUGCGGUAGCAGCGGCUUUUUAUCCUAUAUUUUUCCAUCCUCUCAUUCACACAGAUGACUACAAGCAAAUCCAGAAAAUUAACCGAGCCGGAAUCAAUCAAGCAGAUGUUCAGCCCGUUGGUGUGAAGAUCUGGUCAGAUCCAUUUAAACCGAAAUCAUGAUGUGACUGAAAGGAGACAUGAGAGGAGGGUCAUGAGCAUGUGUUUGGAUGACAUGGAUUAAAGACUUGCAACUGGUUUAGCCAAACACUUCUCCCCUGUGUGCGCGUGUGUGUGUGUGAGAGAGAGAGAGAGAGAGUGUGAGUACUGUAAGCUGAAUGGGAGUGUUAGAGCAGGGGAAACGCACUGUACAGACUGUCACUACUUUGAUACUUUAUGCUAUGAAUAAAGGUUUUAAAAGCAUGGA